AUGAGUGAGCCUGUGGCAGUGAGUCCCGCCAGUCGCUUUCGCGAAUUGUCUAAAAACAUAAACAGUUUGACCAACUUACUUGGCGUGGAUGUGCUGGCCCCCAAGUUGGAGUUCAACUAUCGCACUUGGACCACAAUCUUUGCUAUUGUAAACUAUACUGGAUUCACGGUAUUUUCUAUACUCAACAAUGGGGGCGACUGGGGGGUGGGCCUCAAGGCCAGCUUAAUGGGCGGUGGUCUAUUCCAUGGACUCGGAAAAUUCCUAACCUGCCUACUUAAGCACCAGGAUAUGAGGCGUCUCAUCUUGUACUCACGAAGCAUUUACGAAAAAUACGAGAGUAGGGGAAUAUCCUACCACAGAACCCUGAAUUCGAACAUAGAUCGGUUGCUCGGCAUCAUGAGGAUCAUUCGCAACGGAUAUGUAUUCGCUUUUUGUUUGAUGGGUAUCCUGCCGCUAGCUAUGUUAAUGUACGAUGGAACCCGCGUAACUGCGAUGCAGUAUCUUAUUCCGGGACUCCCACUUGAGAACAACUUUUGCUACACAGUCACGUAUUUGAUUCAAUUGGUAACAAUGGUCGUACAAGGCGUUGGGUUCUACGCCGGCGAUUUGUUUGUCUUUCUUGGUUUGACACAGAUCCUGACGUUCGCCGAUUUACUUCAGCUAAAGAUAAACGAGCUGAAUGACGCCCUGGAACUGAAGGCGGAAAACAGAGCUCUGGUAACAGUCGGAGCUCAAAUAAAAGGAGAGGAACUGCGUCAAUAUCUUCUCAUUGAAGUGAUCAAAUGGCAUCAACUUUUCACGGACUACUGUCGGACAGUGAACGGCCUUUAUUACGAGUUAAUUGCCACUCAGGUUCUUUCCAUGGCUUUGGCCAUGAUGCUCAGCUUUUGCAUUAAUUUGUCCAGCUUUCACAUGCCGUCGGCCAUUUUCUUUGUGGUUUCCGCCUACAGCAUGUCCAUCUAUUGCAUUUUGGGCACCAUACUUGAGUUUGGAUAUGACCAGGUAUAUGAGAGCAUAUGCAAUGUGACGUGGUAUGAGUUGUGUGGCGACCAGCGAAAGCUGUUUCGUCUUAUGUUGCGAGAAUCCCAGUUUCCGCACACCAUUCGGAUCCUCGGAGUUAUGUCGUUAUCCGUAAGAACGGCUUUACAGAUUGUUAAACUUAUUUAUAGUGUGUCCAUGAUGAUGAUGAACCGUACUUAA